AUGAUUUCAAGUGAUUUCAAGUUGAUUUCGACUUCCGAAAUCAGUUUGUUCCCCCUUGGAUUUCAAUUAUUCUAUCGAACAUUAACUUGUCUUCCAAGAAAUUCAGAAGCAAAACAACAAAUGAUUCAAGCGUGUAAAAAAUACUGCGAUGGAAAUACGAUCGAAAUGGAAUUUAUUGAUGCGUUUGAAAACAACUAUCGAUCCGAAUAUGCUAUUGGUUGGUAUUUAAAACGAUCGUUUCUUUAUAAAUUAAUCAAUAAAGCAUUAAGAACACACGAUAUUGAUUUUUUGUGUAUGUUUCGAUUUUUUAUUGAUGAUCUCACUGAAAAUCUUCAGCGUGAGCAUAAAAAGUCGUUGUCAUUAAAAGAUAAAAUGCUAGAUGUUUAUCGAGGAGUCAAAUUUCGCAAGGAAGAGUUCGACAAUUUAAAAGAAAAUCGUAGAAAACUAAUUUUCACCAAUGGCUAUUUUUCCACUAGUAUGUCAAAAGAAUUCGAAUUAAAUAUGGCACUAACAAGAACAACAAAAAUUGAUGUUGUUUCAGUUCUUUUCCAUAUUCAAUGUCAUAUUGAACAAAUCCAUGAAAAUGUGUUAUUUGCUAAUAUUAAUCAAUUAAAUGGGCGCCAAGAUCAUCAACUAGUCUUAUUUGAUUGCAAUACGUGUUUCCAAAUAGAAUCAAUUGAAAAACAUUCAACUUUAUACAUAAUUAAAAUGAAUCUUUCCAAUCCAGGACAACAAAUCACCAAAGAUUGCAUUGAAUUAAUCCAGAACGAAACAGAAGAAACGAAUCUUUCAAUUCAUUUUGGAAGAUUAUUCUUCGAUUUGUGCGAAUAA